CUCCAGUCUUAGCCCCGAGCCUUACAUAAUAAACGCGGAAGGCCCGCCCCUACAUGUUAAAGCACUGGAGGCUUCAGCACGAAGUGCAGUUUAGUUUUGCACGCGCAGCGAAGAGGGCGCAGAGCACAGAUCUCUCGACACACUUGACGUCAGUCCACAAGUGUCAGGAAAAUAACGAAGUGUCCUUCGAAGCAGUGGUUUGGGAUUUUACAAGAUGAUUUUCGACAAAGUGAAAAAGUUCGACAUCGUCUUUGACUCGCCCGAGAUCGACUCCCCACCCGUGUUCAGCAGCGGUGAUGUGGUCUCCGGGAGAGUUGUUCUGGAGCUAAGUGGGGAGAGCAAAAUCGAGUCAUUGAAGUUACACGCAGAAGGUUUUGCGAAAGUGCAUUGGACGGAAUCGCGAAGCGCUGGAUCUAGCACCGCUUAUACCCAAAACUAUAGCGAUGAAGUGGAGUACCUGAACCGGAGAGAGUUGCUUCUGCAAGCAGACAAUGGAGAGCUGACUCUCCUUCCUGCUGGCAGACACGAAUUCCCAUUCAGCUUCCAGCUUCCUGAGGAGACCCUGGUGACCUCGUUCGAGGGCAAGCACGGCAGCAUCCGCUACUGGGUGAAGGUGAAGCUGCAUCGCCCCUGGAGCACUGUCAGGAAGAUCAAGAAGGAGUUCACCGUCAUCGAGCCCAUCGACAUCAACACGCCCGCUCUGCUGGCGCCUCAAGCCGGAACCAAAGACAAGAACGCCCGUGUGUGGUACCGCAACUUUGGCCAGGUGUCUGUGACCGCCAAGAUCGACCGCAAAGGCUACACUCCAGGCGAGGUCAUCCCCGUGUUUGCGGAGUUCGACAACGCCACGUCGCGCUCCGUCGUGCCCAAGGCCUACAUCACGCAGACGCAGACGUUCAUCGCGCGCGGCACCAUGAAGCAGAAGCGGGCGGUGGUGGCCACGCUGUGCGGGGACCCCGUGGGUGCCCAGCGCCGGGAGACCUGGCACGGCCGCGCCAUCAAGAUCCCGCCCGUCGGGCCCUCCAUCCUCCAGUGCCGCAUCAUCAAAGUGGAGUACACACUCAAGGUGUGUGUGGACGUGCCGGGCACCUCUAAGCUGUUCCUGGAGUUGCCCCUGGUGAUGGGCACCAUCCCGCUGCACCCGUUCGGCAGCCGCACCUCCAGCGUGAGCAGCCAGUACAGCGCCAACCUGGAGUGGAUACGCAUGGCCAUCGCAGAGCAGCCCGAGCCUCCUCCAGAGUACAGCUCGGUGGUGACCGAUGCGGACGCCGUGGUCAGUCCCUCCGGCCCCAGCAGCCCUGCGGAGGACGAGCUCAGCGCUCUCCUCGAGCGCCCCCUCAUGGCCUACGUCCAGGAGUUCCGCUUCCGCCCCCCACCUGUCUACAGCGAGGUGGACCCCAACCCUCAGCCCUGCAACAUGAGGCCUCGCUGCAUGACCUGCUGAACUCAACGACUCACUUUAGCAUCACCAAGCCAUGAUGAUGAUGAUGAUGAUGAUGAUGAUUGAACCGAAGCAGAGAUUCGUCCUCUUCUCUCGAGCCUUCUCUCCGCUCCAGGAGAGUUCGUUGCCGUAGCCGACGACGCGCGCGGAACAACACCGCACCACCGGACGAGCCCUGGACAGCAGGGUCCACUCCGCUGGGGGACCGGAAACAAACCCUCUCACAACCAAACGAAAAGAACACUUAAGAACUAAACGAAGAAGAAAAAAAAAAAAAAGAACCGAGAACUUUUUUUUUGUUUGUUUCUGUCCUCCUGAUUGGCUGUGGGUCGGACCAGUUGUGUCCACCCCGGCCCAUCCAUAGCUGCCCACCUGAGACGCUUGAGUGUUGCGUAGGAGAGUCCAGCCGUGGGCGGCGGACUGUGUGGUAUUGUGUGGGGUCGGGGAAAACAGAUGUUUAAAAGGUUUCAUAUGUGAUUGUGUAUAUUUUUUAUUGAAAGCCUCUAUUUGGUGCCUGGCAUUUGUAAACAGGCCGCUAGGCCGCUGAUGAUGCCCGUAGAGGCCAGCCUUGACCAGGCCGCUAGGCCGCUAAUGAUGUCCGUAGAGGCCAGCCUUGAUUUGAAGCCUGCCAUCUGAACUUCCCCACCUUUACCCACCUCAUCAACUUGUAGAUGUCAAAAGCCUUUACGCGUCUCUGAGAUGCCUUCAUGUGGUGACCCCACAGACACCGGCCCCGUGCCUUGGAGUUGUGCCGGAGGUGAAAGGUCAAAAGAGCUAGCCAGUUAGCAAGUUUUACAGAAGGAGAAUGGAAACUUAUGCAAAAGGGAAAAGUAGCGGAAGCUUUCAGGAAAAAGGAGAUGAAUUUGACGAAGUUGAAUGAGUGUUGCGACGCGUAUGACGAUGUGGGGGUGUGCGCUCCGAGUGUUUAGACGUGUGGGAAUUAGAAUGUUGGAGCACUGAGCAGCCGAAUGUGAUGUUUUGAAAACUGUCCAGCUCAUGCUGCAGCUGUUGUGUGUUUUGCGAGCACAAUGAAAGAAGAGCUAUGUACAGGUGACUGUAGAGCUAUGUACAGGUGACUAUAGAGCUACUGUAUGUACAGGUGACUAGAGAGCUACUGUAUUUGUAGAGCUAUGUACAGGUGAUUAUUGUACGGCGGUCGGUCGGGCUCAAGCGCGCGCGUCCUCCUCCGAUGGCUGCCUCGUCCGGCGAGCCCAGUUAGAGCCGUGAGCGGAGAGAGGACGAGCGGCCUUGGCGCUCCAGUCGACCCCACAGGUGACCCCACAGGUGACCCCAGGUGCCUUUCCUGACGUUCUGACCAGGUGCCUUUCUAGACGUGCUGACCAGGUGCCUUUCUAGACGUUCUGAAGCAGUUUCUUACCAAGCCCAGGGAUAUUGCUCAGUGUUGCAGUAAAGCUUUAAUACUCAGUGACCAUUCCAGAAGUCCAGAAGGGCUGUCCUCAAGACCAGAUAGUGGAGAGAGAAUAUAUUCAGGUCAGACACAAUGUUAUUGUGCAUGGCACUCAUCUUAAAGUGAAUGUAUUUUGUACUGAAUGCUUUUAUUUUACCUGCAAAAUUUAUUUUUGGAUUGUUUUGUUAUUACUUUUCUAAUAAAAGAAAACAUCAAAAACAAAA